AUGGAGAAAGUGAUGAACUUGAUAAAGCCGAAACCUGAUCCGAAGCAAAUCUUACGUGACUGGCAACGUAAGCUUCGUCAAGAGUGCCGUAACAUCGAACGCCAAAUCAGAGAUAUACAGAAAGAAGAGAGAACUGUGCAGAAAGCUAUUAAAGAAGCUGCUAAGAGGAAUGAUAUGGUCUCAGCAAAGAGCGCAGAGGUUAUGAAGCUUGUGAAUAAUCUCAUGAAGGCUCCACAAAUGGCUGCAACUAUGCAAGAGUUCAGCAAAGAGAUGACUAAGGCUGGAGUCAUUGAGGAGUUUGUGAAUGAAGCUAUUGACAAUGCACUAGAUUCAGAGGAUAUGGAAGAAGAGAUAGACGAAGAGGUUGAUAAAGUAUUGACUGCUAUUGCUGGAGAAACCGCUGCUGAGCUUCCAGAAGCUGUCAGGAAGGAAAGGAUAAAGGUACCUGCACAGAAGGCAAGCACUUCCCACGAGGAAGAAGCAAUUGCAGAAGGUGUUGAUGAUGAGGAAGAACUGGAGGAGAUUCGAGCUAGGCUCGCUAAAGUUAGAUCAUAACUUGAUUUCCAGUGACUCUUUACACACGAUUUUUAUUGAUUCGAUGAACUUUUGAAGGUGAUGAGAACAUAAGGAGAUUGAUUUGUAUUGUAUAAUAUAUAAUUUCAGUUACCGUAUACUUUGUAAUCAUAAGCUGUCUUUUGGUAACAAAGCUUCGUUUCUUUCC